AUGACCCUCAUUAACUAUCACGUUGCGGAAUGGCUCAUGUGUCGAUACCCGCGCCUACCGAUGACCAUCCUCUACUCUGCAAUGAACGGCUAUGCCGGCUCAAGAUCACUACACAAGGUUGCACAGAGCUGGGGUGUAGAAAGCGCAGCAGCACCUGGCGAAGAGGUUGACCCUGGCCUGUUGCAGUUCUCGCUCGACGCGGACAGGGUGCAAAUCAAGAAAUGGGGCUACGUUCGCCCUGAAGCUCAGAACCUCGACAAGUACAGGUGGCGGCGUGGAUUGGCCAGCCGAGUAGUCAUGGACGACGACUUUGGCGACCAAGUCGCCAGUUCACUGGCGGAAGACAACAUCCCGGGGUCUGAGGAUCAGCUUGCCGAGGACCGCCGGCUGACGCUGGGCAAUGCGGACGAGAAAAUGCAGAUUGCUUUCGAUGUCCAUGCAUCCUUCGUCCGCGCCGUGGUUGGUGCCAUAUACGGCCAUUGCGGCAGAGAGGCUGCUAAGUCUUUCGUACGCGCACAUAUUCUCUCGCGGCAGCUAGACGUGUCAAGUCUGUUCUGGUUCGAGAAGCCGACCGGCGAGCUCGCGAAGCUAUGCGCAAGAGAGGAGUUUGAGAAGCCGGUAGCCCGACUCCUCUCUGAGACCGGUCGUCUGUCUCGGACACCAGUCUUCGUGGUGGGCAUAUUCAGCGGCCAGGACAAGCUCGGCGAGGGCGCCGCCUCGAGCCUAGAGGCAGCCAGAACAAAGGCCGCCAUCAAUGCGCUGAAGGCGUGGUAUCUCUAUAGCCCCGGCGAGAACGUUCGUGUCCCAAGCGAUAUGCUCCUUGAAGGCGCCAAGCCCUGGGAGCCAGUUCAUGUCGACAUCGGCGAGAUCAUAUAA